AUGACAGAACUCGUUGAGCAGGGUGAGAGAGUUGAAGGGCUCAUGGAAGUUGAAGAAGGGAGGGAGAGAGCAAUGAUGCAGGUCAUCUUCAAUUUAGAAGAGGCUAGAGUGAUAGGCUCAAUCCCUCCUAGCCCGAACUUGCCAUCGAAUCACCUCAUUUGGUUAGGUACCAAAAAUGAGAAUUUUUCUGUAAGGAGUGCUUACUAUUUAGGCCUAGAAAUUAUAAAAAGAGGUAGAGGUCAAACCUCGCAAGUUGAGAAGGGCACCGAUGUUUGGCGCUCUCUUUGGAACCUUCAAGUUCCAAAUCCAAUUAAAAUGUUCUUGUGGUGCGCAUGCAAUGAUAUUCUCCUCACCAGGAAGAAUCUUCUUAGAAGAAGGGUGAUUGUUGAUGGCAAAUGUCCAUGGUGUAAUCUAGAAGAGAAAACUACAACCUAUGCAAUUUGGGAUGAGAUGGACUAUUUGGCAACUAUUACUAGGCGGAUUUGGCUAAGGCGAAAUGCGAUGAUUUUUGCGGGUGUUUCUGAACAUCCAACCAAGACUUAUGCAAAUGCUAUUGCUGUGGUGGAUGACUUCAAACACUACCUCAAAGGUGAUGUAGAGGCAAAUCAGCCCCAAGAGGUUGACGUUCGGGUCUCCCCUUACUGGAUGAAACCUCAGGAAGGCAUUAUCAAAAUUAACUUUGAUGCGGCUAUCAACAAGAACACUGGUUUGGUGGGGUUGGGCGUGAUUGCUAGGGACUGUAUGGGGAACAUGUUGGGAGCAAAAAGAUUGUCCAAAUCCAUGCUUAUUGAUGCUCACACUGCAGAGUUAAUGGCAACUUCUUAUGCUGUCUCUUUUAGCUCGAAAGUUGGUUUUUUUAACGUGAUCUUUUAA